AAAGAGGAAAUCGAAAGGACAAUAUCCUGUGUCUAUGUUGUUUUCCAUUAAAUCACUAUAAUAUCCAUAAUAUCCGAAUGCAGAAGACCAUUUGCGGUACCGGUACAUAAGGAGCCAGAUGAAUAGCUCAAAAGGACAUAAAGUGAUGCGCAUAGCACACUGAACACACAAGACGACAUGAACAUUCUGCUUCUGAAAGAACCAAGAGAAGGGGGGAAUGGACCAGAUCCAUACAUCAAGGUUUUUCAGCCAGAGAAGUAUGGAGGACUUAUCUUUACAAGCCCAAGAGCAGUGGAAGCAGUGAAGAUGUGUUUAGAUGCCAAUGACAAGAAAAUGGAAUGGGAGAAUUUGAGGAACAAAUGGAAUGCAAAAGCAAUCUACGUUGUUGGGAAGGCGACUGCCUCAUUAGUGGAGGAGUUGGGCUUAUCCCCUGUGGGAGAGGACACAGGGACUGCAGAUGUUUUGUCACGCCUCAUUCUUGAAAGGGAAGACCCGAGUAUAAUGCCACUCUUUUUUCCAUGUGGCUCCAUCAAAAGGGAGGUCUUGCCAACAGCACUGAGAGAAAAUCGGAUCCCUUUGGAGACCCUGACUGUCUAUCAGACAGCACAACACCCAGACUUGGAGAAAAACCUGACCAAUUAUUUCACCCAGCAGGGUGUUCCUGCCAGCGUCGCUUUCUUCAGUCCGUCGGGGGUGAACUUCUGCCUGGAGACGGUGCGGAGGCUGGCUGGGCCUCAGCUGAGCCAGAUUAAGUUUGCUGCUAUCGGCCCCACCACAGCAGAUGCUUUGUCAGCAGAGGGGCUGCCUGUCAGUGGUUCUGCGGAGAAGCCCACUGCUCAGCACCUAGCAGCAGCCAUAGCUCAGGCCACAGUACUUUCUUCUGUUUUGACCUAUAUGCACUCAACGAUGCUUACGCUUGUACAGCUGAUCUCUUUCUUUAGUUCGACCAUCAUCGGCGCAGGGUUUGCGGAGAAACUCUUCCAUAAUCGUGACCAUUCCGAUGUAGUGAUACCCCCUUCACAUCAAGCAGAACUAAUUACGGAUACGGAUACAGCAGAGGGGUUUCUCUCCAAAUAUGGCUUCAUAAAGCCUGUAAAUUGGGAAGACAAUCAAUGGGAUGAGGAUGAAUCAUCAGGAGCCUUUACCUCUGGAGACAUGAUGUCCCUCAUUCAAGAAGGAGACCGAACAUUGUGGUCAGGCUAUGACAAAGACCCCACUGGGAAUACACAGUUCAUAACCGCUCUCAAGGAGUUCCAGAGGGUGACAGGCUUGCCUGUGACAGGCCUGUUUGAUGACGCCACCAAAGCCGCCAUGAACAAGCCGCGCUGCGGGGUCCCUGAUAAAGAGGAAGACUCCAACACUACUGCUGAGCAUAACACAACCACAACGGAUGGGGACAGCACCAAGCACAGUCAUAGGCAAAGGUUCCCUCGUAAGAAACGCCACUUGGCUGCCCUGUUGGGCAAGAGCAGGAGAAGAAGGGAGGGAGAGAUGGGCUACAUGGCCUUCUCUAAGACGCUGCUGAGGUGGAGGCUCAUUGGGGAGGGCUACAGCAGCCAGCUGUCCAUUGACGACCAGAGGUACAUCUUCAGGCUGGCCUUCAGGAUGUGGAGUGAGGUCUCUCCUCUCAAGUUUGUGGAGGAUUCGCGCUCCGCUCUGGAGGACAUUGACAUCAGGCUGGGCUUUGGAACAGGGCGACACUUAGGCUGCACUCAGAGAUUUGAUGGCGCAGGGCGUGAGUUUGCUCAUGCGUGGUUCCUUGGAGACAUACACUUUGAUGACGACGAACAUUUCACCGCCCCUAACGCCGGGGAUGGGAUCAGCCUGCUCAAAGUGGCUGUGCAUGAGAUUGGGCAUGUGCUGGGGUUGCCACAUAUCUAUAAGCCUGGCUCCAUCAUGCAGCCCAGCUACCUUCCCCAGGAGUCCAGCUUUGAGCUCGACUGGCAAGACAGGAAAGCCAUUCAGCAUCUUUACGGCAGCUGUAAGGGUCGCUUCAGCACAGUGUUUGAUUGGAUCAGGAAGGAGAGGACUCCCUAUGGGGAGGUGAGGGUCCGUUUCAACACGUACUUCAUGCGCGACGGCUGGUACUGGCUGUACGAGAACCGCAACAACCGCACUCGCUACGGUGACCCCGUAGCUGUGCAGGUGGGCUGGGAUGGCCUACCAGCCAGGGGUGUGGAUGCGUACGUUCACGUGUGGACGCGCGGAAUCGAUGCCAUCUAUUUCUUCAAAGGUACUCAGUUCUGGAGAUAUGACACUGAGAAUGACCAGGUAUUCACAGAGGACCAGGAGGGUCAGCGCUACCCCAGGCCCAUCUCCGCAGGCUUCCCUGGGGUGCCCAGCCCCAUCGACACGGCCUUCUAUGACAGAAGAGAUUCUCACGUCUACUUCUUCAGAGGGGCUCUAGUGUAUGCCUUUGAUGUGAAAGCCAAGCGCUUGGCAAUGGGGUACCCAAAGAAGAUCACACAGGUGUUCCCGGCAGUGUUGCCUGGUGACCAUCCUGUUGCUAACCUGGAUGUAGCGUACUUCUCUUACACACACAAUGCCAUUUUCCUACUGAAGGACACCCGGUACUGGAGGGUGGUUGGCAGCAGAGAUCGCAGGAGGAGACCCUCACUGCCUUACAAUAGCCUACUGCCACACCGGGAAGUUGACCAGCAGUGGCUUGACAUCUGCAAUGUCCACAGCACAGCACUGAGGGUAGCUCGCAGGUGA